GUAGCUUUCGAAGUUUUCUUAAAAUUAAAGCGACAGAUUAAGCAAAUAUGAAGAAAUAAAUCGAUAACAUGAAGUAGAGAGGUAGAUCAGAUCCAACCCCAUCCAACGAGAGAGAAAGAUGGAGAAGAUGAACCAUGCGUUUGAGAAGAUGAAAAUGCUGGUAGGAAUGGAGGGGGAUGACGACCAGCAACAGCCUGCAUUAGAAGAAGGGAACUCUUUCUCUUUCAUGGACGACUUCAAUCGCCAGUGCACCUUGACCACCAAGCAGAGGUUUUAUGGGUUUGCAAUCUGUUUGGUUGCUGGUUUAACUUGUACACUCCUGUCAAUCCUUGUUUUCUUCCAUCCAAUCAAGUUCGGAAUCACAUUUACAUUUGGCAAUUUGCUUUCACUUGGAAGCACCGCAUUCCUCAUUGGCCCUAAAAGGCAGGUGUCAAUGAUGCUUGAUCCUGUUCGGAUAUAUGCAACGGCCAUAUAUCUUGCAAGCAUGAUUAUUGCUCUGUUUUGUGCUUUCUAUGUUCAUAACAAGCUAUUGACACUUUUGGCCAUCAUUUUAGAAUUUGGUGCACUGAUUUGGUAUAGCUUGAGCUACAUCCCUUUUGCGAGGUCCAUGGUCUCAAAGAUCAUGUUAGCAUGUUUCGACACUGAAUUUUAGGCUGAUUUGCAAGAUGAUCUUAGAUGAAUCUACCUGCAUACCACAAAGAAGGGAGGCUUAGUCCAGAGAAGGUGUAUCACUCCAUAAAACUGAAGCAUGAGAUGUCUAUGUAUGAAUACUGAUCUCAAGUACAAAUUUUCCUUGCAAACUUCCUUCUGUUGUUAAUUUUCUUAGAUAUAACGAGAUACUGCCCUGUUCACUGAUAAGAGUGCUCUGGUUGAACAAGUUUUAUGAGUUUGUUAUAAAUGUAAUUAGGCUAUUUAGUGUGAU